UCUCUGGUCUCUGCGUCUCUCUCGUCUCUCCUCUUUCUUCCCCCGUUUCUUUUUUCCCGCCUUCGAGCCCUAAAAUCCAUGGCCAUAUGAAUUCGCAGCGCUGAAUCCCCACCACCGCCUGGAAACUUUUCUCGUUCACUUUCGGGAUCCGCACCAGGGGAUUCUUCUCUCCCUUUUCUUCCGGCAAUGGCGUCUGCGAAGCAGCUUCUCUCCAUCAUCGAGUCGGCUCUGCUCGGUCCGUCUCCGCCGACGCCGGCUCAGAGGGUGGAGCUCAUGCACGCCCUGCGGAAGUCUCGCCCCUCCCUCCAUUCGCUGCUUUCUUAUCCCCCUCCAAAGCCAUCGGAUCAAGCACAGGUUCAGGCAAAAGAAGUGAGGCUGCCGGAUUCCCCGCCGAUCUCAUUGGACGAUCAGGAUGUUCAGAUUGCUCUGAAAUUGAGUGAUGAUCUCCACCUAAAUGAAGUGGAGUGUGUUCGUUUGCUUGUUUCGGCCAAUCAGGAGUGGGGUCUAAUGGGAAGAGAGCCCCUAGAAAUUUUGCGUCUUGCGGCUGGACUCUGGUAUACUGAGAGAAGAGAUCGGAUAACAGCCUUAUAUACACUCUUAAGGGCUAUUGUGCUAGAUCAAGGACUUGAAGCUGAUAUUCUAGCUGAGAUUCAGAAGUACCUGGAAGAGCUUAUAAAUCUCGGUCUAAGACAACGGUUCAUCUCUUUAAUUAAGGAACUCAAUCGGGAAGAGCCUGCUGGUUUUGGUGGUCCACAGUGUGAACACUAUGUUCUAGACUCUAGGGGGGCUCUUGUAGAGCGGGCAGCUGUUGUUUGCAGGGAAAGACUCAUUCUUGGACAUUGCCUUGUCCUCUCUGUUCUCGUUGUGCGAACAAGUGCUAAGGAAGUUAAGGAUAUUUAUUCUAUUUUGAAAGACGGUGCUGCUGAACUCAAUGAGAAUAGUUCUACUACCAAGCAGCAGAUCACAUUUAGCCUUAUUUUCUCCCUUGUAAUUGCUUUCAUAUCAGAUGCUUUGAGCGCAGUACCUGAUAAAGCAGCUAUCUUAUCCCAUGAUGCUUCGUUCAUAAAUGAGUUUCAUGACAUUGUAAUGACUUCCGGAAAUAAUGUUGAUUCUUUUCUUGAUGGUGUGAGACUUGCUUGGGCUGUACACUUGAUGCUGAUUCAAGAUACGGUUACUCCCAGGGAGCAUGUCCCAAAUGCUUCAUCAAAUGAUUUGGAUAAGAUUUGUUCGUGCUUAGAAAUAGUUUUCAAGAACAACGUUUUCCAGUCAUUAUUGGACAAUGUUCUUCGAACUGCAGCCUAUCAGAAUGAUGAUGAGGACAUGAUCUACAUGUAUAAUGCGUACCUACACAAGCUGAUCACUUGCUUCUUGUCUCAUCCACUUGCCAGAGACAAGGUAAAAGAAGCAAAGGAGAAGGCUAUGAGCAUGCUUAUUCCUUACCGAACUGCUGGAUCACAUGAUACUUUCGCAGAUAAGAACCUGAAUUCUGAACAGGCCUUUGGAUUUGGUCCUGUACCGUUUGUAUCUCUUUUGGAGUUUGUCAGUGAGAUUUAUCAGAGGGAGCCAGAGCUGUUGGCUGGAAAUGACGUAUUGUGGACAUUUGUUACUUUUGCUGGAGAGGACCAUACCAAUAUUCAAACACUCGUUGCUUUCUUAAAAAUGUUAAGCACAUUGGCUUCUAGCCAAGAAGGUGCUUCAAAGGUUUUCGAGUUACUUCAGGGCAAAGCAUUCCGUUCGGUUGGAUGGAGCACAUUGUUUGAUUGCUUAAAUAUCUAUGCUGAAAAAUUUAAGCAGUCUCUCCUAACUACUGGAGCGAUGUUACCGGAGUUUCAAGAGGGAGAUGCAAAAGCCCUUGUUGCAUACUUAAAUGUUCUUCAAAAGGUUAUGGAAAAUGGGAGUCCUACUGAAAGAAAGAACUGGUUUCCUGAUAUUGAACCUUUAUUCAAGCUCCUCAGUUAUGAGAAUGUUCCGCCUUAUCUAAAGGGUGCUUUGCGGAAUGCCAUUGCUACUUUUGUUCCUGUCUCUCCCGUUCAUAGAGAUACAAUUUGGAGUUUUCUUGAGCAGUAUGAUCUACCAGUAGUUGUUGGUCCACCACAUUUGAGGAAUACAGUACAAUCAAUUGCGCCGGUCUAUGAUAUGCAAUUUGAGCUGAAUGAGAUUGAAGCAAGAAGUGAACGAUAUCCAUCUACAGUUUCAUUUCUCAACCUGAUAAAUACCCUGAUUUCUGAAGAACGAGAUGUCAGUGACAGAGGGCAUAGAUUCAUUGGGAUCUUCAGAUUUAUAUAUGACCAUGUAUUUGGGCCAUUUCCUCAACGAGCAUAUGCGGAUCCUCAUGAGAAAUGGCAGCUAGUUGUUGCUUGUCUCCAGCAUUUUCACAUGAUAUUAAGAAUGUAUGAAGUUAAGGAUGAGGAUGUCACCAGUGUCAUUGAGAAGUCACCGCUUGCGGUAGUCACACAGCCUGCUUCGCUGCAGACUCAGCUACCGGUCUUGGAAUUGCUGAAAGAUUUUAUGAGCGGGAAGACUGUCUUCCGGAAUGUCAUGAGCAUUCUUCUGCCUGGAGUAAACUCAAUAAUUGCGGAACGAACUAGUCAAACUUAUGGUCAACUACUUGAGAAGGCUGUGCAACUUUGCCUAGAAAUUAUUGUUCUUGUUUUGGAGAAGGAUCUGAUUCUUUCUGACUUUUGGCGGCCCUUAUACCAGCCUUUGGACAUUAUUCUAUCUCAAGACCAUAAUCAAGUUACUGCCCUACUGGAGUACGUCAGAUAUGAUUUUCAACCACAAAUUCAGCUUUGCUCUAUCAGAAUAAUGAGCAUGUUAAGUUCUCGUAUGGUUGGGCUUGUACAGUUACUCCUUAAAUCAAAUGCCGCUAAUUGUCUGGUUGAGGAUUAUGCAGCUUGCCUUGAGUUGCGGUCAGAGGAGUCCCAGAUUAUAGAGAACAGCAGUAAUGAUCCCGGUGUCCUUAUAUUGCAGGUUUUAAUUGACAAUAUUAGUCGGCCUGCUCCAAAUAUUGGACAUUUACUGCUGAAGUUUGAUCUUGACGGUCCUAUUGAGCGGACUAUGUUGCAGCCAAAGUUUCAUUAUAGUUGCUUGAAGGUCAUUCUUGAAAUUCUGGAGAAACUUCAAAAACCAGAUGUGAAUGCACUUCUUCAUGAAUUUGGCUUUCAGCUGCUUUAUGAACUCUGCUUGGAUCCAGUUACAAGUGGUCCUACCAUGGAAUUACUCAGCACCAAAAAAUACCAGUUUUUUGUGAAGCACCUGGAUACAGUUGGUGUUGCUCCACUACCUAAACGCAGUAGCAACCAGGCACUUCGCAUAAGUUCCCUUCAUCAGAGAGCGUGGCUGCUAAAGCUUCUAGCUUUGGAGUUGCAUGCGGCUGACAUGGAUAGCUCCACUCAUAGAGAGGUGUGCCAGAGAAUCCUUGCUCAUCUGUUUGGUCAGCAAACUACUGAUCUUGGGGGAGACCACAUCAUUGCUCAUCGAAAUGAUGCAGACCACAUUGGAACUAGUGCUGUUGAUGAAAACAAGGUUCUAGAGUUGCUUGAGGUUCUGCAGUUUAGAUCUCCUGAUACCACCACAAAGCUUUCUCACGUUGUUACCAGUGGAAAAUAUCAAGUUAUGGCUGAGGAGAUACUCAUAAAUCCAGCAACUUCAGAAAAAGGUGGAAUCUAUUAUUACACUGAGCGUGGUGAUCGCCUGAUUGACCUUGCCUCAUUAAGUGACAAGCUCUGGCAGAAGUUAAAUGUUGUUCAUCCUCAGUUGAAUAGCCUUGGCAGUGAACCUGAACUAAAUGAAGUAAGAGAGACUAUUCAACUGUUGUUGCGAUGGGCAUGGAAGAACAACAAAAACCUUGAGGAACAAGCUGCACAACUUCAUAUGCUUACAGGAUGGUCGCAUAUCGUGGAGAUCUCUGCAUCUAGAAGAUUGUCGCUACUUGAAAAUCGAUCAGAGAACUUAUAUCAGGUGCUUGAUGCCACCCUGAGCGCUUCAGCCUCUCCAGACUGUUCACUGAAGAUGGCAUUUGUAUUGAGCCAGGUUGCUCUCACUUGCAUGGCUAAGCUGCGGGAUGAAAGAUUUCUGAGCCCUGAUAGUCUCAGUGCUGAUGGUUUUACGUGUCUUGAUAUGGUCAUGGUAAAACAAUUGUCGAAUGGUGCUUGUCACUCCAUAUUAUUUAAGCUCACUAUAGCAAUAUUAAGAAGAGAAUCAUCAGAAGCCUUGAGGAGACGGCAAUACGCAUUACUCCUCAGUUAUUUUCAGUACUGCCAGCAUGUGCUUGACCCAGAUGUUCCCGCAAAAGUUCUUGGAUGCUUAGUUGAUGAGCAAGAUGGUGACGAUAUGGAUCUCGAAAAGCUUGAUAAAGAGCAGCUAGAAUUGGCUCAUGCAAACUUUUCUAUUAUCAAGAAGGAAGCCCAUGGUAUCCUUGAUCUGGUGAUAAAGGAUGCGAGUCAAGGCAGUGAACCUGGGAAAACAAUAGCAUUCUACGUUUUGGAUGCACUUGUUUGUAUUGAUCAUGAUAGAUACUUUUUGAACCAACUCCAAAGCAGGGGAUUCUUGAGGUCUUGCUUCAUGAGCAUUAGCAACGUUUCUUUCCAGGACGGUGGUCAUUCCCUUGACUCAAUGCAAAGAGCGUGUACUCUUGAGGCUGAACUUGCUUUUCUUUUGAGAAUCAGCAACAAAUAUGGCAAAUCUGGGGCCCAGGUUUUGUUAUCCAUGGGUGCCUUGGAGCAUAUUUCCUCAAGCAAGGCAGUGAGUAUGCAGGGAUCCCGAAGGCCUGUAGACUCUAAGAAUCGAAGUUACAUAGCUGCUGAAGUUGACAAACGGCGAGUGGUCGUCACUCCCGUUUUACGAUUGGUGUUCUCCCUAACAUCACUGGUAGAAACAUCUGAUAUUUUUGAGGUGAAGAAUAAAAUUGUCCGUGAGAUUAUAGAUUUUGUUCAAGGACAUCAACUACUUUUUGGCCAAGUUCUUCGGCAAGAUAUUUCUGCUGGUGAUGAACUGACAAUUGAGCAGAUGCAUCUUGUAGUUGGCAUCCUAAGUAAGGUUUGGCCCUAUGAAGAGAUUGAUGAGUGCGGUUUUGUCCAAGCACUUUUUGCCAUGAUGCGUGCUCUCUUUUCUCUUGAAUCUGGCGGCCCUAGUUUUGCUCAAGAAAGUCAAAAGAAGUCAGAGCUGAGCACAUUUCGGCUAUGCUUUAGCCUGAUGUCUUAUCUAUAUUUUCUUGUCGCUAAAAAGAUGCUACGACUGCAGGUUUCUGAUGGUGGUGAUUACCAUACUGCUGCUGCGUCACUACAACCUACCUUGACAUUACUUGCAUCUCUUCUUAAUUCUGUGACAAGUGCACUUGAGAGAGCAGCUGAGGAGAAGUCCUUGCUUUUGAUUAAGAUUCAAAACAUAAAUGAACUAUCAAGACAGGAGGUGGAUGAAAUCAUCGACGUGUGUCUUCAAAGAGAUACACUUUCUGCAUAUGACAACCUGCAGAAAAGGAGGUAUAUUGCUAUGGUAGAAAUGUGCCGUAUUGCUGGCAAUAAAGACCAGCUAAUCACUUUGUUGCUUCCACUGGCGGAGCAGGUUCUUAAUGUCCUCCUCAUCCAUUUUCAAGAGAGUUCACUUUCAUCUGACACAAAGGGGACUAGUAGAGCAAUUACGUAUAGUUCCGAGUCUAAUUCGGCACAGGAUGUAUCUUCAUUGUGCGAAGAAUUGAUUCCAAUCUUGGAGCGGCUUGAGUUGCUAAAUGAGGAGAAAUUAGGUAGCAAUCUUAAGGUGUUCCACAGACUAGUGAGUUCCCUCAAGGAAAUAGCGAUUGAAAAGUUAUCAUUGUGAAGUUGCUCGAAGAGACCCAAUGGUUGCUGAGCUCCGUGGUCAUGGCAAUGAUCUUUGUAAAUAUGCAAAUGUAAUGUAAUUACUUCUAACGGGUCAUAAUUAGCUUAUGUUAGUUGAAAUGACACGACUGCAGACAUUAUAAAAUGGCAGCAAUCUUUUUGGCUCGGCCAAUUCUGUAUCACAUCAAAAGUCUUGAGUGGUUGGCGCCACAAUUUUCACUGAUAAAGCAAUUCUUGUUGUAACCUGAGUACAAUCUUCGACGUGAAUGAAUGAUGAUAUAUCCUUUCUGGAUCUUUACAAUCUUUCGGAGGGGAAAUCCAUAUGAUACAGUGUUGUUA